CCUGGUCAAAUCUGAGAGGCGUUUCACACCUAACACCACAGAGAAACACAGACACACAGUCAGUGAACAGUAGAGUUUGACUCUCAACACGUGAGACGAGAAACAAAUGUAUUAUUUUAUUCUCCACUGAUAGAUGAGAGCAGUAUUAUUGUUAUUUGAGUUUCAGAAAGUAGUUUGAGGAACUGCUGAGAGUUUCAGACUGAUUUUCUGAACUGAACUGAUGAUGAAAUGAAGUUUCCGCUGACAGUUUGUGUGUUUCUGCUGACGGUGAUCAGUUCACUGUCUGUGGGCAUUACAGUGAGAGGAAUGGAGGGAGAAUCAGUGAUUAUUAAGUGUCCUUAUCCAAGAGGAUAUGAAGACUCUACCAAAUACUUCUUCAAAGGACCUUACGGAGAGAGUGUCAUUAUACUACAAUCUGAUGGAGGAAAGUCUAAGGGCAGAUUCUCACUGCAGGAUGAUCGUCAGACCAGAUCAUUUACAGUGACCAUCAGUGACCUGAAGAUGGAAGAUGCUGGACUGUACGGCUGUGGAGCUGGAUAUGAACACUACAAAGAAGUCAAUCUUAUUGUGAUCACAGCUCCACAGAGGUCAAAUCCUGUCCAGAUCUCAACAUCCUCCAUCUGUCCGUAUACAAACACCAGCACUGAACACACCGGCACAGUGACUCUUCAAACUGAAACUGAAACAAGAACAAGAGCAGGAAAUACUACAGAUGAAGUCCUUCAGUCAACCACUAACCUGGCUUCUGUUGCUGGCGGUCUGGGUUCGGUUCUGCUGGUUCUGACUCUGUGUUCUGGAACAAUCCUCAUCCUGAAAAAGAGGAAAAGGAAAUGUGGGACAGCUUUAGUUCAGCAAAAUGUGCAGCACAAUACAGAGACUGACCGCAUGUAUGAAGAGAUUCCCAAUAGUGAUGUCGCCAUGACUGACCACAUGUACGAAGAGAUUCCAAACAGUGAUAUCGCCGUGGUAACAUAUUCAUCCAAUCAGACGCCUGCAUCACAUCUCAGCAACUAUAAACGAGUUUCUACUGUUUACGUCACAGUAACCAAUCAGCAGCCUGAUUCAAACCCCGGUCACACCCACUCGACCAAUCAGGUGACAGAUACAGCCAAUAUAAAUUCACCUGACCCAACACAGGACAGCAGGACAGAACUGAUCUACGUGACAGCAACACAUCCACAAAACAUCUCAACCAAUGAGGGUCCGAUAUAUUCACUGAUCAAUGAUGAAUAAAAGACUGUCCACGGACUGAUGUUCCAAGUAAAAAUAAAAUAUCAUAUCUACCUUUUUUAUAUAUUUUAUAUAUUUUUUAUAAAUCACCAACAGAACAUGAAACAUCUUUCUAAUCAAAUAUAUGCCAUAUAAAGCAGUAGUGCAGAUAUAUUAUUCAAUAAACAUCAAGACUGGAGUUCUGUGUAAAACACCUUUUAAACACUCCUACUCUCUUCUAAUAAAAUGGAUUAUUCAUUUCUCAAUCUCUCUCUGCACCAGGUAAAAAACGGCUCAUCUAUUAAAGUUUGGUGAACUGGUAAACCAUUAGAGAUGUUUGUAGAGCUGGAACUGGUGUUGUUCACCUUUAAUAAUGAUCUUGAUUAGAGUCAUUAUACACAGUUAUGAUCUAGUGAUUACAUCAAACACAUGUUAGUCAUCAUCCAUUUUCAGUUUAUUUGCUCAACAUGACUUUGCUCAAGAUACUUAAAAAAAGUAUGUAUUUGUGUAUAAGUAAAGAUAAUUGUUUAUUAGAACAAUAAAGUGUUCAGUAAAGUGA